UACUAGCCAGAGUUACUCGCCACCAACAAACACACACAAACAGAGACACCUGUACACACACACAGACAUGUACAUACACACACACACACAUGCACAGAGACACAUGUACACACACACAGAUACAUGUACAUACAUAGAAAUACACACGCACAGACACAUGUACAGUACAUACAUACACAGACACAUACAUACAAACACACAUGUACAUGCACACACACACAUGUACACACACACAUACAUGUACAUACACGCAGACACAUGCACAGAUACACACAUGUACAUACACACAGACACAUGUACAUGCAUACACAUACACACACACGCACACUGUUAAGUGCUCUCUCCGCUCCCCUGAAGCCACCACUGGCUGACAUAGAGGAUCAUGUGACCAGAGCGAACUGAAAUUAGACACACACACACACACCCUA